AGUAAUAGUAGAUACGGAUUAAGUUCCACGUCCAAAGUCUCGAGACUGUGAUAAUCAAAUGUAAGGCGAUUCUUCCUUAGUAUGACUCUUUAGCAAAAUGAAGUAGCAGAUAGGAUUUGGGAAAAAUUCAACCACUCAAGAGGAACAAGAUUCUGCAGUCCUUCGGUGGCGAAAAGACUGAUGUUGUCUAUCACAAUGAAGCGAAGGAUGAUCCUAUGGUUCAUAGGGAUUUUCAUUGUUUGGAACAUAGCAACUUAUUUUCUUUUCACUAGACCAGGCAAUACAGACGAUCAUAUGUUUAAGUCUUCCAAAGAGUUUUCAGAGAGGUUGAACAGACUUCAAGGAAGACUCAAAGAUCAGAUGGUUCUUAAUGAACAACUCCUUCAUGAGAUUGAGCAGGAAAAAGUGAAAAUCAUCAACAAGAUUAAACACAAUCCUGCUGCAAAUGAAGAACACCAACCUCCUAAGCUCAUUAUCCAGGAUCAGGAGAAUGAGAAGCCAGCAGAGGAAAGUAAACCUGAUUAUCCAUUUCACACCUAUAAGAUACCAAUCGUUGUCAUUGCAUGCAAUAGACCAUCUGCCAUAAAGCGUAGUUUGAACUCCCUCCUUGAUACCAGGCCAUCGGCAGAGCAGUUCCCGAUAUAUGUCAGUCAGGAUUGCGGUGAUCAGAAGACUGCUAAUGAGAUUAGGACAUUUGGAGACAAAGUUGUUCAUAUGAGGCAACCAGAUCUUAGCCCUAUUGCAAAUCUUCCAGCAAACCAGAAAAAGUUUGAAGGAUAUUACAAGAUAUCCAGGCAUUAUAAGUGGGCCCUUGACCAGAUGUUCAUUAGGAAUUCAUUUGAUGCUGUUAUCAUUGUAGAAGAUGAUUUAGAUGUGUCUGUUGAUUUCUUUGAGUAUUUCUUAGCUACCUACCCUCUCCUCAAGGAAGAUUCCACUCUUUGGUGUGUGUCUGCAUGGAAUGACAAUGGGAGGGACACAAGAAUAGAGAAAAAUCCAGGGUUACUUUAUAGGAGUGACUUUUUCCCAGGUCUUGGUUGGAUGUUAUUAAGAGAUGUAUGGCUGGAGUUAGCUCCAAAGUGGCCAGCUGGGUUUUGGGAUGAUUGGAUGAGGCUCCCAGACCAAAGAAGAGAUAGAUCCUGUAUACGACCAGAAAUAUCUAGAACAGAUACUUUUGGAAAAUUUGGGGUUAGCAAGGGGCAGUUCUUUGAGCAGCAUCUAAAGUUCAUCACUCUCAACAAAGAAUUUUAUUCAUUUACCACCAAAGAUCUAUCAUAUUUAUUAAAGAAAAACUAUGAUCCUGCAUUUAAAGAGCGAGUUUAUGGUGUAGAUGAGUGGACACUCCAGGAAAUUAAGACCAAUCAGGGUCAAGGACCGAGCGAGGUUCGCAUCACAUACACUGAUAAAAACAGCUUUAAGAGUAUUACAAAGGCAUUAGGCAUCAUGCAAGAUUUAAAGUCUGGUGUACCAAGAACAGGGUAUCUGGGGAUAGUGACCUGCGUCUUCAACGGUCAGAGGAUUUACAUUGCUCCUGGGCGACACUGGUCAGGGUAUCAUAUAGACUGGAGUUAACAAAGGCUCAUCUGAUGAGUGUGUCUGUGGUAUGAUAUAGGCUGAGAUGGUGAGAGAAUGACAAACAAAAAUGAUGUUGAAGUGUGUGCAGGCAGAGUUGAAAGAUUCUUAUCCCUAUAUUCCUAGAAAGUUCUGAGAAAGGUGCUGUGACCUUUGCCAACUUUGUGGACUUGUCCUGCCCUAUCCAAAGCCUGGUGUACCUAGAACCAGAAAUGUGGAGGUAACUAAGGUGAAAAGUUGAAGGAUGAGUGUGUGCAGAGUUGAUCGAUUUAUACAAUGUUGAUAUUCUCUCUUAAAAGGUGCUUUAACAUGGGUGGAUGUAUACCUGGUACUCAAUCAAGAUGGAAAAGCUAGAGUCUAUGCAGGACUCUCUUUGGUUUUGAAAGGGACUAUCAAAAGAUCAGUUUCUUUAAUAAUGAUAAUAAACAAAAUAAUAGUAGUAACACAGUCCUUGUAUAGCGCAUAUCACUUUAUGACAUAGCGUCCCUAUGCACUUCCAAAGGACUUGGAUAUUAUUACCUUGGCUUUAGCCAUAUAGCCUUUUACAGUGCGGAAGCAUUUCAAGGAAUAAAUUCCUGCAGGGUACCCAUUCACCUCACCUGGGUCGAGUGCAGCACAAUGUGGAUGAA